AAAAUUUUAAUGGUGGAACCAUGGAUUUGUAGCUAUGAGAACUUCCAGUUCUUUAAACUUUUCCGUAUGUCAAAGAAAACAUUUAUUGAAUUAGCAGAAAAGAUAGGAAAAAGCGACGAAAAAAAGAUAUUAGCAAAGCCAUAUACAGGUGGCCACUAUCCAGUGAGUUUAUAUGGCCAUAUUUUAAUAUUCUUGUGGUAUAUGGCUACACAGGAUACUUUGUUAAGCAUAGGAACUAGAUUUAAAGUGUCCCCAACAACAGUGAUGAGUAUAACAAAUAAGGUGCUCUACUUCAUGCUAAAACUAAAAUCAGCCUACAUUAAGUUUCCCAAAAAUGAAGCUGAAAUGAGAGACAUUAGUGAAGGUUUCAAGAAGUAUCCAGGUAAGUAAACAUUUCUGAAUACUGCAAACCUAGGGUGAUACCGCCCCCUGCAUUUCACACAAUUACUCCCCUAUUGUUACUCUAUAUUUCCCCCAGAAACCGGUCAAUAUUUCCUUGGUGGUUUCCCCCUCAUGUAAGGCCUAGUCAUUAAUGUUUUAGAGACAAACAGGUAUUUAGUACAAUUACUGUAUAUUAUAUUCAAACUUUUUUGGUUGGUCCUAAUUGAUGCCAUCACAACCUGUCCUGUAAUAGUAUUUAUUGGAAUAUACAUAUGUAUUUAGUUAAUAAGUUACAUCUGUUUCCACUUUUCAGUUUAUUAUUAUUUUCAGGAGUUAUUGGAGCAGUAGAUGGUACCCACAUAUUUGUAAAGGUUGAAAAAAGUCAACAAGAUAGCUACAUAGACCGCUAUAGAAGAACAUCUAUAAAUCUCAUGGCAAUAUGUGAUUCUAACACUUUAUUCACCUAUGUGUUUUUAGGAUACCCUGGAUCUGCUCAUGACUCACGGGUUUUUGAAAAUUCAAUUAUGUGCAAAAACAUUGAGAGACAUGGGCCAAACUUCUACUUUUUGGAUACUCAGAAAUAUCACCUAAUUGGUGAUAGUGCAUUUGCAUUAAGAACUUGGCUUAUUACUCCUUACCGAGGCGACAAUGUGACCAGAAAGCAAAAAUUUCACAAUUACUGUCUUAGUUCCGACAGAGUAAAAAUUGAACAUUGUUUUGGGGCAUAUAAGGGUAGGUGGAGAAGGGUGCAAUAUAUAAAUACCUAUAACAUUUGCAAAGCAGUGGAGAUUGCAACAGCUGCAUGUGUUCUACACAAUUUUUGCAUUUUGCAUAAAGACACUUGGAGUAACGAUUUUUUUGGAAUUGACCUGGACAGAAAUAUAAAUCAGGCUGAACUAGAAGAUAGGGGUAACAUAGAAGCAAAGCGGAAAAGAAAUAGAAUUGCAGACACUUUAUUCUUAUGCAGAUAUAACAUAGAAUAAUAUUAUUGUACCAUCUUUCAAUUCAAAUUGAAUAAAAAACACAAUUAUU